CAGAGUUCCUGAACAGGAUGUGGAGUCACUACUGGAGCGUACAGCCCCCCACACUGACACAGAGCUGGCUUUGCAGCUGCACGAGUCUCAGCAUCUGGAGAAGAUCGGAAGCCUGUUUUAGUUCGCUGUCUCCGUCUAUCUCCUGGAGACACAAACCCGUUCAUAAGUGCGAGAAGAUCUAACCCGGAUUCAGGUGAUGCCUCACCUCAGGACUCUCCUGUCGGCCCUGCUGCUGGUUCUGUCGGUGUCCGAGCCUCUGAACAGCCCAGAGGAAAAUGAAAAUGAAGUCCUGAUACAGGCAGAGGCGGAGCACACCAAGAGCCAGACCAGUGACGUGACUCAAAACGCCAUCGGAAAUCUCAGUGAGACCACGCCGAGCCACACGCCGACCACAGUAGCUCCUCUGACUACCACAGUUUCCCCGAGUCCCAGUGUUGCUCCUCAGUGUCCUGGAAACCAGGUGAUGCUGGAGAACAGCACAGGCUGCAGCUGUCCAUCUGGCAUGGUGAAGGAUGGGGGUAACUGUACCUGCCCUGUGGGCUUCACUCUGGAGGGGGCGGCAGGGUGUAAAGAUGUUGAUGAGUGUGAAGGACAGGGGCCGGGACAAUGUGCGCUCCACGGCAGCUGCACUAAUACCCCCGGCUCGUACACGUGUAGCUGUGUCCGUGGUUAUCUGAUGGGUGCUGCAGGAUGCCACGAUAUAGACGAGUGUGCUCUGGCCGCAGUGACGGGCCUGCAGGCCUGUCAGGGUGACGCUGAAUGCAGAAACACGGCUGGCUCCUUCACCUGCUCGUGCCUCUCAGGAUAUGUAAUGGCUCUAAAUGGACAAAGCUGCGUAGACGUGGAUGAGUGCAGCUUCGAGGAGCAGUGUCGCCGUGAGCUGGGAAACGUGUGCGUGAACACUCCCGGCAGCUUUGUGUGUCAGUGCCGGAAAGGCUUCAGAGCAGAGGCCCCCGCCUGUGUUGGUCCUGUGUGUCCAGACUACAGCGUGUGUCAAGAUGUGGAUGAAUGCACGGAGAGUCCUGCGGUGUGUGAUGGUCUAGGUGUGUGUGAGAACACGCUUGGGAGCUACAAGUGUGUUUGCCGACCAGGUUACCGGGGAAACGGCACACACUGCGAAGACGAGAAUGAGUGUGCGUCAGGUGGUCACGGGUGUGACACCAACGCUCGUUGUGGCAACAUCAUUGGCUCUUAUUUCUGCCAAUGCUACCAGGGCUUCAAUGGAGAUGGACACUCUUGUUUUGACAUUGAUGAGUGUGCUCUAAACAACGGCUACUGUCAACACAACUGCUCCAACCAACCAGGAAGGUUCAGCUGCCGGUGUGCCUCCGGCUACCAGCUGCACCCGGGUGGACUCAACUGCACAGAUGUGGAUGAGUGUUUGGAGCUGAAUGGGACCUGCAAGCACAUUUGCAUCAACACUCAGGGAUCUUUCCUCUGCUCCUGCAGGCCCGGCUACCAGUUGCACAUCGAUGGCCACACCUGCGUGGAUAUUGAUGAAUGUAAACUCCAGCGUGGCGGCUGCUCUCACACCUGCACCAACUCCCCAGGAGGACACAUUUGCCACUGCCCUCCUCCUCUGCUGCUACACACAGACAACCUCACCUGCAGCAAUGUUACAUCUUGCAAGCUGAGGAACGGUGGUUGCGACCACACAUGUACCGUGAGGGCCGAGGGUCAGGUCCGGUGUAGCUGUGGAGCAGGCUGGAAGUUGGGAGAAGACCAGAGGAGCUGCGUGGAUGUGAACGAGUGCGGGGACUUCACAAAGGGAGGCUGCGAGCAGCUCUGUGUGAACCAUCCUGGUGGGUUUAACUGCACCUGCAGGGAGGGGUACGAAGUGCAAACCGACGACCUCACCAAGUGCCAGCCUGUGUGUAACCUUCCCUGUCAGAACGAUGGAGUGUGCGUGGGCCCAAACAGCUGCGACUGUCCUCCAGGCUAUCCUGGUCUGGGCUGUUCAGCCAUGUGCUCCCCACCCUGUGCCCAUGGAGGUACCUGUAUGCGCUGGAACAAGUGCCUGUGUCUUCCUGGCUGGACCGGAGCAGGCUGCCACACAGCGGUGUGUGAGCUGCCCUGUGCUAACGGUGGUCGCUGUGUGGGGCCUGAUACCUGCCAGUGUCCCUCUGACUACACCGGCCUGCAGUGCCUCUUGCCCAUGUGCAGUCCUGCCUGCCGGAAUGGGGGAAGAUGUGUGGAUGUCAACAAAUGCACAUGUGUUAGUGGAUGGAAAGGAGCUCGCUGCCAGAUAGAGCCGGUUCAGUGUCAGAAACCUUGUAAGAACGGGGGCGUGUGUGUGGGCCUCAACAGGUGCCGCUGUGCCAAUGGAUUUACUGGAAGUCUCUGUGAAACGGCGGUGACCACCCCCUGUGUGCCGCCCUGCCAGCACGGGGCCACAUGCAGUCCUCACAACACCUGCACCUGUCCAGAGGGCACCGCAGGCCUGCGCUGUGAGAGACUGACGUGCCCUGUGGUCACCACCGUGGUAAGCAUGGCUCGAGCCGUAAGAAAGGCGUUUAGGGAGAGUUACGUUGACCGCUGCGGCCCACUGGGAGUUCAGCUUUGCACUAAAUACAGGAUGAACCAAGCACGUGUGUACCUGCAGGCCUACAGGGUGGGCUACAAAACCCAGUGUCCAGAGAGGAAGGGCAGAUGAGCGAACUGUAAAAUUAAACGUAUAAGAAUUAUUAAGGUGGUGUUGCGGCUCUUCUGAGGGCACGCCUCUCUGGUGAAAUACAAAAAGGGACAUCACCGUAUCAUAAAGUAUGUUGACGAUUAUCUUUAAAUCAGUUCUGUGCACAAUCAUGUGUUUACAAUUCAUGAGAAAUAUUCCUCAGUAUAUAAAAUGUGCAAUGGUUUCAUUAUUUGUCAUGUUUGUAUAUGGCAGCUGAGAGUUAUUA